AUGCCUCAACUGAAGCAGGAUAUGAAGUCGCAGGACUUUUGCAGCGCCCUCUCCACCGUUCUAUCCACCGUCAUCUUCGGGAAACUUUCGGUCGAAACGAAACGAAGGCACCUCGAGGCGCAUGGUCCGCCAGAAGCGUACCCGAUGUUCAAGUACGCCGCGCCGCCGGGAUCAAAGGCGGAAAAGAGAGGGAAAGCAAUAUCGAAAGCGUGGGUGCAAGAGUACCGACUCAAGACGAAAUACAAGGAGAAGGAGAAGGCCAUAAUGGAAAUGAAUCCCCAGUCGGAAGAGUACGAGGCCUUUUAUGCAAAGUUGCACGAGGUGAAGAAGGCGUACGACGAGGCCAAAAUCAAGACCAACAUUGCUCUCGGAGGAGUAUACGGCGCAACCGAGGACGAAGACGACGAUGAUUCUGCGAGCACCCUGAGCACUUGGUCUGAAGAAGAUUUAUCUUCGUCCGGCUCGACGCACCAUCCUAAGAAAGCAGGCUCCAAAGCUGGUAGCAAGGAUAGCAAGGAUAGCAAGGGAAGCAAGGACAGCAAGGGAAGCAAGGACAGCAAGGGAAGCAAGGACAGCAAGGGAAGCAAGGACAGCAAGGGAAGCAAGGACAGCAAGGGCAGCAAGGUAAACAAGGGUAGCAAACAAGGCGGCAAAGGGAAAGAAAAGGCCAAGUGA